CAAGGAACAAUUGAGGGACAUGGCCUUCGUCUCUUUAAGUGGUGCUUUCUUCAUUACCCUCAUUUCUCAUCUAACGCGUCCGCUACCUGGCCAGGGGUACCAGGCAAAAUAUUACGCUCUUAAACACGGAGAAUGUAAUUCAACACUUACUGCUAGUAGUGAAGCACAAAACAUGUCGAGUCUCAACUACCCCAGCGAAUACUUCCCAAAUCUCCGUUGCUUUUCGACAAUAACAGCGCAACCAGGAUACAGAAUCAUCCUUAGAAUUCUGGAGCUAGAUAUCCCUGGAGAAACGUCUUGCAAAACUGAUAAACUUGUGAUAAAAGUAUCCGAAAGUGACUCCGGGACGCAACUUUGUGGAGCCAAGGUGAAUUAUAGCCGAGAUGACUUGGAGUUUCAGUCAGUCUUGAACAUACUAUCAGUGUCUUUCAUAAGUGAUUAUAUGCUCGAAGGUCAGGGUUUUAAUGCAGAGUACACGGCCGUUCAAACAUGCUCAAAUUCGACAGAGUCAAAGCCAACAGGUGAUUUUCACAGUAUUAACUACCCGAAUGGCUAUCUUAAUUCGCAAAACUGCGAAACGACUAUUGUUACGAAUUUAGAAGGCAGAGUGAUUCAAGUGAGUUUUUCAUAUCUAGUGCUAGAAUCGGAGUCAGGAGGUCCAGAGGUUGAUUAUCGGUGUACAAAGGAUUAUAUCGAGAUUCUAGACGGGUUAGAUGCGCAUAGACGCUGUGGGGAUUGGAGUGGUCGAGAAUCUCAGCUGGUGUUCAACUCUUUCACAAACAAAAUGGUGGUGAGAUUUUCAACGGAUCACAAUGUCUCGCGGCCCGGGUUCCACGCAACAUGGCACGCGGUAAAAAACGAGAGUGCGUUGUUAGACUGUGAUAUAGACUGGGAAGAGAGUAAGAAGCAUUGCUUUAAGGUUUUUAAUGAGCCAAGGAACUGGACUGAUGCGGCUACAGACUGUGAGCAAAGACUUUCAUAUCUUGCUAAAGUGGAUAAUAAGGAAUCGAUGGUGGCUAUCACAAGAAUUAUUCUUCAAAACAAACUUCACAAAGAUAUUUCUUGUUAUUGGAUAGGGGCGAACGACCGACAGUUUGAAAAUGAUUUUUUCUGGCAGGACGGGACACCAGUUAUAUCACCAGACUGGUUCCCCGGCUGGUCAGACUACAGCAACUUCAGCUUCCAACCAAAUGAUGACGGGAUGGCGGAACAGGAUUGUGUAGAAUUACGCCAGUCUUACCCCUACCCGUCCAAGGGAAUCGGGCUGGCCCCCAAACUCUACUGGAAUGACAUGUCUUGCUCAAUGAAGAACUCGUACAUAUGCAUGAGGACCAAGGCUGGUGUUCACCUCCCUCCACAUAAGCCAGAGAAAAUAAACUGUUCAAGCACACUCAUGCUCAGGCACCUGAGUGACACUGGCCUACUGGAAAGUCCAAACUUCCCAAACAGCUACAACAACAACGACGAUUGCGUCAUCAACAUAUCUACUUUACUCGACUACAGGAUUGCUUUGACGUUUUCCCAUUUCCAACUCGAAGAGGACAGCAGCUGUCGGUACGACUUGCUCGAGCUGACGUCCCCCCACAGCGCCCCGAGGACCGAGAACACUGUCCGGCGUUGCGGAGACUGGGAAGACAAGGUCAAACUCUUACACUACACAAGCACAAACAAUCAUUUACAGUUAAUGUUCCAUUCUGAUCACUCGAGGGUUCGAAAGGGAUUCAAAGUCAGAUAUGCAGUCCUUGCAGCUCCCAAAAGAUGUGAUGAAAGUGCGGCUGUCCCCUGGAGCCAAAGCUGUUAUUACUUUUUCGCCAACGACACUACAGAUUUAAGCAAUGCCAGCACGGAGUGUCAGAAUGUCAAGAGUGAGCCCUUGUUGAUUGAGAGCCAAGAAGAGUUGAAUUUCGUCACAAAGUACAUCAAUAUUCAUUAUCCGGAGAGUACGUUCUGGCUCGGAGAAUCCUUCAAUUUUACUUCGACUCAAACGAGUUCGAAAGCAGCGGUCGACACCGUCACACUUGCCACCUCGCCAAGUCAAACAGGUGUUUGCUACGUCUUCGAGAACAGAACCAUCUUGUCUCGGAAGGGAAACGAAUGUAACCAAAAACUAAAUUUCAUCUGCAAGACACCAUUUUCUGAACAUUCUACUGCAAGCUUAACAACCACAGAAGCGUCGUCUGGCAGUUUAGCAAGCUCUGACUACCAUCCAUCUAGCCAAAAUUACACCAACAACGAAAAACACACCGUCAUCAUCACCAUUCCUGCCGACCAUAGAAUCAUUUUCGACAUCGCGUUUAUAGAUUUAGAAUACCAAUACCAGUGCCUAUACGAUUUCUUGAAUUUUAUGGAUCUCAACACUACCUUAUCAAAACGAUUUUGUGGUUAUGAUAAAAGUGAUCUACACCACGCAUCAGAUUCGAACAGUGUUAACGUGACUUUCUUUACGGAUAGUUCGCAGACCGGUCGUGGAUACUCGCUCACUUGGAAAUCAGUGGAUAUUUCGGAAUGCAACUUGACGAAAGUGACAGAGGAAUUCGGUGUAGUUUCAUCGCUCAAUUUCCCGCUUUUCUAUCUGGAUAACCUAGACUGCGAGACCUGGAUCGUUGCAGCAACAAACAAACGAAUAUGGUUGUCAUUUACUAAGUUUGAGUUAGACUACACAGAUAAUAUUUGCAGUGAUUAUUUAGAAAUAACGCUCUCCGAGUCGACGUCGUCUGCAACUAUGAAGAAGACUUCUUUAAAGCUUUGCGGAGAUCGAAAUGGACGCGUUAAUGAGUUGAAAUUCGUGUCAUUUUAUAACAAAAUUGUACUUCGUUUUCAUUCGGACAGCAAUAUACGCUCAGUCGGAUAUCAAGCCGAAUAUAAAUCAAUUCCAGACGGCUUGUACUCCCAUGUAGAUAUGAUAACAGUCGACCCAGGUGAGACCGGCCACGUGGUCAGCCCGAAUUACGGCACAGACUACCCCGUAGACCUGGAUUACACAGUCAGGAUAAAAACAAAGCUAAUGGACCAGAUAAUUCUCCAACCAGUCGAUCUCGACCUCCGUCUGUCUGGAGAUUGCUAUUACGACAGCGUGACAAUCAACGAUGACAUAAAAACCUGGCAAGGAGAAGAAGGCAAGAUGGCCGUUCUCUGCCGGAAUCAGACCGAGGCUACGAAGUGGAUUUCACACAUGAACGUCAUCAGUGUCCGCCUACAGACCAAAACAAGAACUAACUUUGGUUUUAAGGGAACCAACUUCGCUUAUCACGUAAAACAAGACGAAUUUUUCUGGAACAAGACCCACAGACGUCUGAACAUCACUCUGGAUGAGUGCUCAAAAACAACUUGUAAGAAUAACGGCACGUGUCGUAACACUACAUCUGGUUAUGAGUGCGACUGCAAUGGAAUACACACAGGUUUGUUUUGCCACAUCACUUGGUGCGAGCUCCGCCCAAGCCCCUGCAAGGAAGGCAAGUGCGAAACGAACGGGUCGUAUGUCUGUAAAUGCGACCAGGGCUACUUUGGACACGACUGCAACAUGACGCUGAACCAGUGUAAUGCGGCCAGGUGUAGCAACAACGGAUGGUGUAAACCCAUUGGUCGGUAUGGAGAUUACCAGUGCAAGUGUGAAACUGGAUGGGAUGGCAAAGUCUGCGACGAGUCGGCUGAGGGGACCAAAUCUCUCGGGGAGAUGCUGAUCGAGGAGCCGUUCUGGAUCGGAAUCAUCAUCAUCUUGGUGGCCCUUUUCCUCACUGUGUUCGUCUGGUGCUUCAGGAAGAAAUGCGCCCACAACUUCCAUUGCUUCCGACAGAAGAAGGAUAAGGUGGUAGCUAAUCACAAUCAUGAUAUCAGCCGGCGGCCAUCACCUGGGGAUCUAUUGGUCUACAACAACCCCGUCUUCUCACGGGAGGGGAGCCCAAGAUACAUCAGGUCUGACAGCCGGUCUAACAGUCUCUCAGUAGAAUACAAGGACUCGUGGGGCGCGCCGAGCAGAAAAGGCCCCGAACAGAAUGCUGCGGCCGCGGCAAGGUUCUUUGCCUCCCUGAACGACAUCACUCGUGAGAAAACGCUUAUGGACACGGCAGGGGCGACCUAUGACACGGACAGCGAUGCCAAUUAUAUGGGAGUGCAGGGUGGACAGAUCCUUCUCACGCCAGCCAACCUGACGAUAGACCAAGCUCAAGGUGGUUCAGUUACUCCCGGGCCAUCGCCCUUCCUUGCCCAUACUCCUUUGGCGGCUCGCUCGACCGACCCAGGCCUCAAGCGCGUAAAGAGCGCUCGCGAAGGAGGGCGACGAGACGGGUUCAGGGGAAGAGGAAGAGGGUUCAUGCAUGCGUCUCACAAAUCCCAUUCCUUUGAUUAUGGGCUACACCACUCAGACACAGAGGUGGAGACGGAUGACAGGUUUCUACAGUUUGGGAUUCCAAAUCGGAGGGAGGUGAAAGCAACUAUUGAGCCGCAUAAGAAUAGGUUGGACGAUGAUUUGGAUCCCGAAGCUCGGAGUUCCGCAAGGAGGCGGCGGGCCUUCGCAACAACACCACAGAUUACAAUUCAGUUGUCGCCAGUACCCGGUGGAGAUGAGAUGUUUCAUUUCGAAGACGAAUUCGGCCACCGGGAUGGAAAUGGCUGUGAAGCCCAGGGAGAUUAUCAUGAUUAUCCACGGCGAUAUGAGAAGAGAUUACCGAGGCAGAGUUCGUCAGGGGAUAGCACAUCAAUACGGCUCUCGCCGCACGGUUCGGAACAUAGCUCAAGAAGUGGUUCUGUUGAUAUCUGUGGUGGUUCAAGGCGCGGUAGUUCACUUGAUCCAACCCCUAGGGAAUCAAGGAGGCAUUCAUUGGAACCAUCUCGCGAGGGUUCUGGCCACAGCACACGGCGCCAUUCUCUCCAGCCGUCACGGGACCACUCCGCACGCGGGUCAGUUCGUCAAUCUUUGGAACCAUCUCGGUCGGCCUCCAGGAGAGGAUCAGCAGGGCACUCGCCAUCGAGCAAAUCCUCUCGGAGAAGCUCUAUUGCGGUAUCCAGGGAUGUUUCCCAGCGCAGCUCCAGGCGACACAAGAAGUAUGGAAAGAGACGGCAUUCCGAUCAGGCAUCGCCAACAGAAAAUAGGUACGGCAGACGACAAUCACGUGACAGCUAUCACGGGCAAUCACGUGAUACUGACAUGCGCGAACACCAAUCUGGGAGCAAACAUCUCCAGAAUCGCUAUCUCCGCGACGUCCUGCGUCAGCAUUUGAAGAAUUUUGCUCACAGAGACUUGUCAUUUGAGUCGACGACAGGUUCAGACGUCGGCAGUGUGAAGAGUUUGGGAUACUUAACUGAAAGUUUGGAUCUUCCGUGUGAUUGUGACAAAUGUAUUGUGACGUCGUCCAAGCAUCGACACACCCAUGGUCAUCGACGAAGGAAUCUCAAGUACUACUCCCCGAAGGAUAGUUUUGAAUCCAUGCCUGCGUCGUAUGAUGUGCACUCUUCUGAUAGUUUGCCGUCAGAUCACAUUGGUGUGCGGCGGACUGCCUCUGCGGAGCCCCCAGGAAUACGAUCAAGUAUGCGGUCAUCCAGAUCUGCGUGCGGCUACCACGAAGAACACUUCAAGCAGAAAAGUAAGAAACGUGGCUCAGGGCAUCAUCAUAGGCAUAAACAUAGAUCUGAUAGUAAGGAAAGUAAAAAUGUCCGACACGAAAGGUGGGCAUCAUCGGGAAAUCGUGGCUACUCGAGUGAAAAAGACUUGGUUCGUCUCAUUCCAUCAAUCGUCGUCGACAGGCACCGGCCCGUGAUGCAAAAAUCCCACAGUGAAGAUGACUACUUGAAUAGUAGGUCUCAGUCGCCAGUUAACAAGGCCUCUAUGCCUGCUCAAGGGUUUUUGCGUGUCCCUGAGAUGUUUAGUGAGCACGAUCAUUCUGCGUCGAACGAAUCGAGCAGUGGGAUUGCCUCCUCUCCGUCCCAUUCUACUGCCUGUUUGGCUCUCUCCGUCCCCGAGGGUUUGGACUACAACCCAGCUGACUAUAACCAGAUGGAUAAGAGGUUAUUCCGUGAUACUAUGAAGCCUGGUGCUCGGGACAGAACAGACUUGGAAAUCAUAGAACUAGAAAAUAUGGUGCCUAUAAACUCAGAAAGCCAAAACGCGCAACCGAGUGAAUUGCGAAAGGAUAAUGAUAAAACUGACCCUUCAGAGAGCGAUCGGUCAUCAAGUUCGAGCGGGCUCGGCUUGAUGCAGGGUAAACGCCGAAGCAGUGUUGGGUCAACUUCCAUCAGCGCUAUAGAGGGAUCCGAUCCCGACGACAUACUCCUCAGGAACGGCGGGGUUCUCCCUUCCAAAUGCAGGCCGAAGCCGAUCGCCAUACGUGAGAGCCACAGCAUGCGACGGAAGCACCAAUUCCGUGACUCGGCCUACCAGACGAAGGAGCAUUCCAUGUCGAAGCCGCCUUCAAAUCAGGUCAGCCCCACCACCCCCAACCUCAUCAAGACUAGGCCAGAACCGGGAAUAUCAACCAAAGCUCAAUACACAAGGCCAGAGGAUACGUCAGUGACGUCACAGUUAUUUGCAGCGGCAAAGAAACUUGAACAUCUCCAAAGUGAUUUGAACAGUCGACAUAAUUCUGAUUCUGAAACUGCCACUACGAGUGCGCCAAGUAGUGUCAUUUACCAUCAGCCAGUCGCUCGGAAACGCAGUUAUGGCAACGGUAAGCUUAUCAACAUCAGCGACAUCCCGGAGAGCAGCCAGGAAAUAGAGGAUGACACCAUGGGUGUCACGACGGCCACAACGGACGACUCUGGUCACAGAGGGAGCUACUAUAGCCAGGAAUCCAUUGAUGAUCGCACCCAUGGAAAAAUGACCCCGUACAACACAUUGGACACCGCGGAGGAUUCAGUUGACCUGCGUGACGAUGAGGUAUUCAGGACUUUCUCACCUGUGCAUAACGCGCGGUCGGUGCUUUCGGUGCUUCACCGGCAGAGGUUGUCGGGGGAAGCCGAGGAAUAUGUUGUAUGAAUUUAGAUUGAUGCUUAAAUUAAACAGUUAAUCAAUUAACAUUAAACUUUUCGGCGGAAAGAAGAAUCCAUACUUCUGGAUUUGACCGACGGAAAUUGAAAUGUUUGGUGCCUAUUUCGUCGUGUCGAAAUGUUUGUCUUGGUGCACAUAUCGGUCGGUCAUGCGAAUUCUGCUUCAAAUAUCAUGAAGGAACAUUGUGUAAUAUUGGUGCUAGAACUACGGAGUGAAGCUCAAAAAUUAUUCUCUUAAUUGGAAAUCGACGUUAAUAGCAUGUAAAAGACAAUGCGUAUGGACAACACGAGAAUAAUGUGGAGGCCACCGGGGUAAAGUUGCCGGAGGGGUGCAGAACAGAUCUGCGUGUGUUGCUUGUCGGAACAGUGCUGAGAAAAAG